UUGUUUGUCCGCAAAACCGUCAAGAUGGCGUCCGACGAGAUUAUCUGGCAAAUCAUCAACCAGCAGUUCUGCAGUUUCAAGCUCUCCACGGACAAGAAGCAGACGUUCUGCAGAAACGAGUACAAUGUCACCGGCUUCUGCAACCGCCAGUCGUGCCCAUUGGCCAACUCCCGCUAUGCCACGAUCCGUCGCGCCCCCAACAAGGACACCCUGUACCUGUACAUGAAGACGAUCGAACGCGCGCACAUGCCGUCGAAGCUAUGGGAGCGCAUCAAGCUGCCCAACAACUACCAGAAGGCGCUCGAGAUGAUCGACGAGAAGCUCAUCUACUGGCCCAAGUUCCUCCUCCACAAGUGCAAGCAGCGCCUUACGCGCCUGACGCAGGUCAACAUCCGCAUGCGGAGGAUAGCGGCGGAGGAGGAGCGCAUGGGCGAGAAGCUCGUGCCGAAGCUGGCGCCCAAGAUCAGGCGCCGCGAGGAGACGAGAGAGCGCAAGGCCGAGGCGGCGGCGAAGCUGGAGCGGACGAUCGAGCGCGAGCUCGUCGAGAGAUUACGGUCCGGCGCGUAUGGCGACCAGCCCCUCAACGUCAGCGAGUCGAUCUGGAAGAAGGUUCUCAACGCCAUGGAAAAGGAGGGUCAGGGCAAGCGCGACAAGGACAUGGACGAGGGCAUCGAGUCGGAUCAGGAGGAGGACGAGGAGGAGGAGGACGAGUUCGAGGACGACCUCGAGAAGGAGAUCGAGUACGUGUCCGACAUUGGCGAGAGCGACGAGGAGCUCGAGGACAUCGAGGACUGGCUCGAGAGCGACGAGGAGGAAGAGGACAACGACGACGACGAGGAGAGCGAGGACUCGGACGACAGCGACGCGGAGGCGAAGCGCAAGGCGGGCGACAAGCGGAAGCGCGGCCGCGCGGUCAAGAUGAACCAGAAGAGGCUCAAGCAGAAGCAGGAGGAGAGACCCAAGAUGGCGGAGGAGUUGACUUGGUAA